CUAUUUCUCAUAGGUUCGUUUGCUUCUCCGAUACCGCCUGGAAAUAUUACAAUUUUUGGAAAAGAAUUAAUGCAAAAAUUCGGUUUUUUACCCCAUUUUAAAAACAAAUUUGCUAUUGGCCACAUUAUCUAUAACUGGAACGCGGUACUUUUCCUUAAUUUUUCAUAAUGUCGGAUGAUAACAUGGACGGCGAUGCCAUCGAUGAAAACUUCCAAGAGGACGCCGGCUUCGAUGACGACUCCCCAUCCCCGAAUAGCGAAUUUCCCGGGGGUAAAAGGGCACGGGCCGCAAGGGGAGGAUUCAGAUGGUCUAGUGGUCCACCAGGAGGUCCCAGAGAUGGCCCGCCGAGGUUCAGAGGACGAGGAGGUUUUGGACCACCUCCAGGGAUGUUUCGUGGAGGUAGAGGCGGGCCUCCUCCAUUCCUCAGAGGAGGUCCUCCGCCCAGAGGUUUUAAUGGUCCACCACCAAACUUUGGGGAGAAUUGGGGGGGCCCAGGAGGUCCCAGAGGUCCCCCACCUAACCUGAUGAGUGGGCCUCCGUUUGGAGGUGGUAUGAUGAGUGGCCCCUCUGGUGGGAUGAGCAAUGGACCUACCAAUGAACAGACUCCUCCCCUGUUAGACCCGACAGCGGAAAUUUGGGUGGAAACCAAAGCCGGAGAUGGGAAAUCGUAUUUUUACAAUGCCAGGACAAGAGAAACCACGUGGAACAAACCGGAGGGGGGAAAUAUUAAGAUUAUAUCACAGGAUCAAGUUGAAGCAAUGGCUCAACAAGUCACUAGUGUCACCACUCAACCUCAGAACACUUCUACUGCCGCCCAGGCUGCCUUAGCCCAAGCUAGUGUCACUAAUAAACCGGAAGAUCAAGAAGAUACUUCACAAAAAGAACCGGUCUCGGCCGCCAUGUCCCUCACACCAACCAAACAACCGAAUUUAUCCGGUAUGCCGAACCAAGGGCCUCCCGUGGGAAUGAUGGGGCCACCUCCCGGAAUGUCUUUUGGUCCUCCACCUGGUGGGUUUCCGCCAUUUGGACACCCACCGUUUGGACUACCCCCGCCUGGCCAGGGACCUCCCGGAUGGCUACCGCCGGGUGGGCCGUGGGGGUUGCCCCCGGGGCUAAUGCAACCACCGAAUAUUCCUAGUGCAUUACCGGCCAUAAACGAAGCAGAAAUCCUCUCCAAAAUAGAUCCGAACAUUAUAGCCCUGGCUAGAGAAUGGACCGAGCACAAAGCCCCAGAUGGACGUAUGUACUAUCAUCACGCACAAAAGGGCGAAUCCGUUUGGGACAAACCUCAAGCCCUAAAGGAUUUAGAAAAUGCAAAACUUGCGGCCGCCCAAGGCAUUUCAACAAAACCGCCGGGUGAAGAACCACCGAUGCUACUGAAAUCGACCAUAUUGGCCGGACUUACGGACUCAUCUUCAGGUAAGACAUCUAGUUCACAGCAUCAGGAGGCGAACGGUGCCGCGAAUUCGCCGAAAAAGGAGGAGAAUGCCGUGGUGUCGGCGCAGCAGCUGCAAAAGGAUAAAGAGGCGGAGGCGAAGGAGACCUUGGAACGUUUACAGGAGGAAAUCAGGAGGAAAAAGGAGGAGGACGAACGGGAGAAGGAGAAAAAGGCGCAGGAUAAGUCCAGGCCGGUGUCCAGCACGCCCGUUCCCGGAACACCUUGGUGUGUGGUAUGGACCGGAGACGGUCGCGUAUUUUUCUACAAUCCGUCGUCGCGUACGUCGGUCUGGGAGCGUCCCGACGAGUUACUGAAACGCACCGACGUCGACAAAAUGGUGUCGACGGCGCCGGAAGCGUUGGCCGGUAUCGUUAAACCGGACGCGAACGAUGAGAAAACUGAUAAGACAGCCCCGAAGCAGCCGAGAAGGAAUUCGGAGGACAGUGACAGCGAUGCCGGAACGCCCGCUAAAAAACCCAAAGUUGACGUCGAUUUGACCACGGAUUCAAAUGAUGCCCCGGCAUCUAAACCCCAAGAUAUCGGUAAGGAGGCGGCAAUCGAGGCGGAAGUAAGGGCGGCCAAAGAGAGGGCGGUUAUCCCCUUGGACACGCGGAUAACCCUUUUCAAGGAAAUGCUGGCGGAAAAGCAGGUUUCCGCCUUCAGCACCUGGGAGAAGGAGUUGCACAAGAUUGUUUUUGAUUCCAGGUACCUGUUGUUGACGUCAAAAGAGAGAAAGCAAGUGUUCGAGAAGUACGUGAAAGAGCGUGCGGAAGAAGAACGGCGCGAAAAACGUAACAAAUUAAGGGAGAAAAAGGACGCUUUUAAGAAACUUUUGACCGAAUCGCAUUUACACGGAAAAUCUUCGUUUAGUGAUUUCGCACAAAAAUACGCGAAAGACGAACGCUUUAAGGGGGUAGAUAAGAUGAGGGAGCGAGAGAGCUUAUUCAAUGAGUUUCUCAUUGAAGUGCGCAGGAAAGAGAAGGAGGAAAAGUUCCAGAAACGUGAAGCGGUGAGAAAGGACUUUAUCGCUAUGCUGCGAGAGCAUUCGGACAUCGAUAGACACACACAUUGGGUGGAUGCGAAGCGAAAAAUCGACACGGAUUCCCGUUAUAAGGCGGUCGAUUCCCAUCUGAGGGAGGAUUUCUUUAGGGAAUACUGUAAGAUCCUUAAGGAGGAGAAGAGGCGUCGCAAAGAGGAGAGGGAACGGGAAAAGGCCAAAGAGAAACAUAAGAAAAAAGAUAAGGAAAGGGAGAGAAAGGAAAAGCGUGAAAAGGACAAGGACCGAGAAUCGAGCUCCAGAACCGAGGAGAACAACAAAGGGGAAGACGAGGAAGAGAAGAGAAACGUUGACGUUGACGACGUGGGUUCGGAUAAAGAAAUAGAGAAUCAUCACUCCGAAGACGAAAAAGCCAAGGAAGACAAAGAGAAGGAGCGUCAAGCCAAAGCCGAGGCGAGCCUUAAGAGACGCGAGGAGGAAGUGCAAAGAACUUUGGCCACCCAUAUGAGGGACAGAGAUAAGGAGAGGGAGCAACACAAAAGGGACGAAGCGAGACAGCAUUUUAACGCCUUAUUGGUCGAUUUGGUUCGUAAUUCGGACCUAAGCUGGAAAGAAGUAAAACGGAUCCUGAGAAAAGACCACAGAUGGGACCUGGCGGACUCCCUGUCCCGGGAGGAAAAAGAGAAACUCUUCAAUGACCACGUGGACGCCUUACUGAAGAAAAAACGACAAAGUUUCCGGGAAAUGCUCGACGAAACGACGGAAAUGUCGCUGGUGAGCUCCUGGAAGGAAAUUAAGAAACUUAUAAGGGACGAUCCGAGGUAUACGAAGUUCGCAUCCAGCGAAAGGUGUGAACGAGAGUUUAAGGACUACAUAAAAGACAAAAUGAUCACCGCCAAGGGACAAUUCAAGGAGUUAUUACAGGAAACCAAACUGAUCACUCACAAAUCGUUGUCUCUGUUAAGAGAGAAUCAAAAUCAUAUGCAAGAGAUUGAGGAUAUUCUCAAGAACGAUAAAAGGUUUCUGGUUCUGGAUCACAUACCAGACGAAAGAACCCAAUUGAUCAUAACUUACUUGGAGGAUCUGGACCGGCGGGGACCUCCGCCGCCCCCCACCGCCAGCGAACCCAACAGACGCGUCAAAUAAAACCCGAAAUGUUUAGUGUGUUGUGCAAAAGUAUGUGAUUAAGUUAGUUGUAGUUUGAGGUAAGACCUUUUCAUUAAUAAAUGUGUGCAAACUUAGUAAUUUUAUAAAUGAAACGGAGGAGAGAAUUUAAAAUGAAUACCGGGGGGUGUCCCAAUUAUUGUUUUUUCUUUCGAAUUUUUUUUUCGUCGCAUUUAAUUACUUUAAAAUUAAUUGUUUUCCAAAUUAUAGUUGACCCCCCAGCAGGUUCCAUUAUAAUAUUCUUAAUUGUGUUGUGUGAUAAUGAAAUUGUAUGCUCUAAUCACUUUAAGCCCUCUUUAUGGGCAUAUAAUGACGAUAAAUAGUAAUGAAAUAAAACUCAAAGUCACAGGGCUCAAAUUUAUUAGAUUAAAGUCAGAGGAUUACACGUGUUUCGCCCAUACUAGGCAUCAUCGGAUCCACUUGUGUAUUCACCAAUAAAAAGAACAAUAAAAAGAAGCAGAGAACAACACUACAUGAUACACUUUUUCUGACUUUAAUCUAAUAAAUUUGAGACCUGUGACUUAGAGUUUUUUACAUUACUAUUUAAUGUAAGCCGGUCUCUUUGAGAAAAUAUGGACUAUUUUUUGGAAUAUAAUGACAAUAUUGAAAAAUUAUAUUUUUUGAGUAUUGGCACCUCAGACAAGUUUUACCUUAGCGACACCUCUCGCGUUCCGUUUUAAUUGCUGUAAAUUUUAUUCUGAUUUCAUGUAAAAAUUGGUACCAGUAAAGUACCAAGUAUCAUUUUAUAUGUUUUAACUAGUUUAAAAUGCAAUUUAAUUUUUUUUUUUUUUUGCUUUAAUACGAUUUAUUCUUUAGGUUAGGGUUUCUUUGUUAUGCACACGGUGUAAGUAAUUUUUACUUACAAAAAGAUGUAUCAAUAUUGUUUAUUAAAAGUACGAUAGCAA